AUGGCAGCCGCCAUAGAUGACGCAUUUAGGUUAAAUAAAUUGUUACAAAAUAUUAACAAAAUGAUUCGAGGUGGGCAUAGUUGUGCCAUGUAUAAAUGCCCGAAUAUUUCAAGACGAAUACCUGGGUUAAGCUUUUUUCGUUUCCCGAAGGAUAGAAAGUGUAUGUAUAUAUUUCCAUUUCUCAGAUGUAGAUUAUGGUUAAGGAAUUGCGGGCGUACAAUUAAAGUUCCAAUAGAGAACUUAUAUAAAACAUACCGGAUUUGUGGAAAUCAUUUUGAUUCUACAAUGUUUUUAAAUAAUUUAAAAAAUCGCCUCCAACUAUACGCAGUUCCAAAACCAAUGAAUCUACAAAAACAAAUAGAUCAAUCUGUACAUGACUUUUUAUUAGAUUCUGACAAUCACAUAUCUUUUUCAUGUGAAGAGCAGGAUGUAAACGUUAUGGAUGAAGAUAAUCGAAAGGAUCAGGAAGUACAAAUUGAACAACUAUCUGUUACACAAGAUGAGAAAAUACAAACCGAUUCCACAUUAUCUAUUAAUUCACCCCGAAAAAUCAUAUUGAAAAAGAAAAUCCAUUUGUUACAAAAAAAAUUACGGAAAGUUAAGAAACAAUUAAAGCAACAGAAAGCAAGUUAUACAAAAAAGAUUAAGAAGCUCUCUCUACCAAUAGAAUAUUGUGAUGCAACAGAUCAAAUACCAUCUAUUGCGUCCUUUGUGAAAGCACAAGUACACCUGGCUCAAAAGUCGCCAAAGGUGGACGUAAAACCUAUGAAGUUUUAUCAAAAUAGUUCUGUUUGCCUAGCACAAGAACUUUACAACCGCUUGUACUACCUUCAACAUGGCAUCGAGUCAUGUGACCAGGGACCCACUACAUCAAAGAUGCCGACGCUCAGUGUCAAUACUGUAUAUACUUAUACUAUGGUUUGGAUAGGUUUAGAAAGGAUUUCGUAA